AUGGUAAGACCAAGUUCAUCAGUCCUCUUAGUAGGACUUCUAUGGUUAUGCUUCUGGGGAGCCAUGGCACAAGCAGGAGCAGAAUACAUGGCAUACAAGGACCCUAAGCAGCCGCUAAAUAGGCGAAUUAAGGACGUGAUGGGUCGAAUGACGCUCGAAGAAAAGAUCGGACAGAUGACGCAGCUUGACCGUGCCAAUGUCACAGCUGAGAUCAUGAGGGACUUCUCAUUAGGCAGUGUUUUGAGUGGCGGAGGGAGUGUGCCGCGUGAGCAGGCUAGUCCACAGGAUUGGAUCAACAUGUUCAAUGAGUUUCAAAAGGGUGCACUUUCAAGCCGGCUUGGGAUCCCUAUGAUUUAUGGCAUUGAUGCUGUUCAUGGGCACAACAACGUUUAUAAGGCCACUAUUUUCCCACAUAAUGUUGGACUUGGAGCCACCAGGGAUCCGGAACUUGUGAAGAAGAUUGGUGCUGCAACUGCACUUGAAGUUAGAGCUACUGGCAUUAAUUAUGCGUUUGCACCAUGCAUUGCGGUCUGCAGAGAUCCGAGAUGGGGUAGGUGCUACGAGAGCUACAGCGAAGAUCCUGCAGUCGUAAUACAAAUGACCGAUGUCAUACUUGGAUUGCAAGGGGAACUUCCAGCUGGUUCCCGGAAGGGCGUUCCUUAUGUGGGUGGAAAGGAUAAGGUAGCAGCCUGUGCAAAGCACUUUGUUGGAGAUGGUGGCACAACCAGGGGUAUAAAUGAGAACAACACUGUGAUUGAUAGGCAUGGAUUGUUGAGCAUUCACAUGCCUGCUUACUACCAUUCUAUCAUCAAGGGUGUGUCCACUAUCAUGGUCUCUUACUCAAGUUUGAACGGAGAGAAGAUGCAUGCCAACCAUGAGCUUGUCACCAAAUUUCUCAAGGACACCCUUAAGUUCAGGGGCUUUGUCAUCUCCGACUGGCAGGGUAUCGACAAAAUUAACUAUCCGCUCCAUUCGAAUUACCCAGAAGCGGUUCUUGCUGGUGUUCAAGCUGGCAUUGACAUGGUCAUGGUUCCCUUCAAUCAUACCGAGUUCAUUGGCAUUGUAACCGACCAUGUCAACAACAAACGUAUCCCCAUGAGCCGUAUCGACGACGCAGUUAGGAGAAUUCUGAGAGUCAAGUUCGUGAUGGGUCUGUUUGAGAACCCUUUGGCAGAUGAGAGCUUUGUUGACAAGCUUGGAAGCCAGGCUCAUAGAGAUUUGGCAAGAGAAGCAGUGAGGAAGUCACUUGUCCUGUUGAAGAAUGGAGAAAAUGCAGAUACACCAGUCCUACCACUCCCUAAGAAGACAAAAAGGAUACUAGUCGCUGGAACCCAUGCCAACAACUUGGGCUAUCAAUGUGGUGGUUGGAGUCUCACUUGGCAAGGAGUUAGUGGCAACAACUACACAGCUGGAACCACUAUCCUCAGUGCCAUCACAGCUGCAGUUGAUCCCAGCACAGAAAUUGUGUUCAGUGAAAACCCUGAUGCCGAUUUUCUCAAGUCCAACAACUUCUCCUACGCCAUUGUUGUGGUUGGAGAGCAACCCUACGCCGAGACCAAGGGGGAUAGUUUGAACUUGACAAUUGCAGAGCCGGGUCCCCAGACCAUCACCAACGUCUGCGGCGCAGUGAAGUGCGUUGUUGUCGUCGUCUCUGGCCGUCCUGUUGUCAUUGAGCCUUACGUUUCGUCCAUGGAUGCUCUUGUGGCUGCAUGGCUACCUGGAACUGAAGGACAAGGAGUUAGCGAUGUUUUGUUUGGUGAUUAUGGAUUCAGUGGGAAGCUGCCUAGAACUUGGUUCAAGACAGUGGACCAGCUCCCUAUGAAUGUUGGCGAUGCUCAUUAUGAUCCUCUAUUUCCCUUUGAUUUUGGACUUGCAACUGAUCCUGUUGAGCAGUUGUAG